AUGAAGGCCCCAUACCUUGUUUGCUACACAGUGUCAGCCAUUUUCAUGUUGACAGUGAGAGUGUCCUCACUCCAAACAGAGGAGAAUCUUUGUGAUGAUAUCUCUCGUGGCCUUAGCCUUGUUGUUGACUCUGCUGAGCCCGUCGUCUUCCGGUGUUCAUCCGAGUUUCCCCUCCUCCGCCCAGAGAUUCAUGACCACGUUUAUACAUUCCACGAGGGCGUUUGCGAAGGCCCUGUCGAUGUAAAAUCAUUGAUUUCUGGUGCUUCUGUGGAACCGCGCGACGGCGAGGCGGUUUUACACCUCAAGCAUCUGCCACGCAAAGGCAGAACCCUAUGUUUCCAGUGCCAAGCUUCAGGGGAUGGCGAGAAUCGGAGCUGCCUACUGCUAAUAACGGUGAAGACGACCAGUGAAGAUGUUCCGUGCUCCAAGAGUUCCAGACAGGAGUCUGGUGUGGUCGACGCCGCAUCCGCACUGUCGCUUCGAGGAACGGUCGACGAUUCUCUUAUUUGGCGACCUGCUCAGACAGUUUUUGUCAGCUAUUGA